GGCGGGCAAGAUGGACGCCGAGAGUCUCCUGCUGUCCCUGGAGCUGGCGUCGGGCAGUGGGCAGGGCCUCAGCCCAGACCGUCGGGCCUCGCUGCUCACUUCCCUCUUGCUGGUUAAGCGCGACUAUCGCUACAGUCGGGUGCUCUUCUGGGGCCGCAUCCUUGGCCUCGUCACCGAUUACUACAUCGCGCAGGGCCUGAUUGAGGACCAACUUGCACCGCGCAAGACACUGUACAGCCUGAACUGCAUGGAGUGGAGCCUCUUGCCCCCUGCCACAGAGGAGAUGGUGGAGCAGACGUCCGUGGUGAAGGGCCGCUUCAUGGGGGACCCCUCACAUGAGUAUGAACACGUUGACCUGCAGAAGGUGAACGAUGGUGAUAAAGUCUUUGAAGAAGAAGUAGUGGUCCGGAUCAAGGAAGAGACCCGCUUGGUGUCCAUCAUUGACCAGAUUGACAAGGCUGUGGCUGUUAUCCCCCGAGGUGCCCUCUUUAAGACCCCUUUUGGACCCAUCCAUGUCAAUCGGACCUUUGAAGGACUGUCCAUGUCUGAAGCCAAGAAGCUCAGUUCCUACUUCCACUUCAGGGAGCCUGUUGAGCUGAAGAACAAGACCUUGCUUGAGAAGGCUGACCUAGACCCCUCCCUGGACUUCAUGGACUCCUUAGAGAAUGACAUCCCCAAAGUGGAACCUCAGCACCUGGGCCUGGCUGCCCAAGGAGCUGGGGCCUCUGCACAUGGGGCAGAGUUGUGGCUCCACAGUGCUCAGGCCUCACCUGCUCUCCAGGGUCCUGGAGCAUCCAGAUGGAGAGGGGCAAUGCCCUGGUGGUGCUGCGCAGUCUGCUCUGGCCAGGCCUCACCUUCUACCACACCCCUGGCACCAAGAACUGUGGCUAUAUCUACGUGGGCACUGGUGAGAAGAACAUGGAUUUGCCCUUCAUGCUGUAGGUGGGGCCAGCCCCAGGAACUUUCUGUGUAGAGCAUAAACAUUAUUUUCACACA